CCUUUAACUCGGGCGUCUUGCUGCUUCGUAACUGCUCAGCGGGCACUUGCUAUUAUUUCACGCCAUGUUUUCUGAAUUCAAGAACGCUAGGUGCCUCUAAGCUCUACGUAUCUGAAAUGCCACUAUAUAACUCAACCUUAAUCCUUGCUUAGCUGCAUUUGAAAAUUGGCGGAGCUUUCAUUUGAAAAUUGACGGAGCUUUCAUUGGAAAAAUGGAUUCUUCGGCGGCAAAUUCUGUGUCGAACUCCCCUAUAUCCUCUGCCCCUCAAUCUCCUCGGCCUCCGCCUCCGUCGCAACAGCAUCAGGAGGUCUCAAACCUCACUGUUCUUAAAGCUGUGAAGAAGGAGGAAGUGAUCGAAGAUCCUCUUGAUGAUAUGGAGACUGAACAGGAUGAGAAGUUCAAGAGGUAUGAAGUUGAGGCGAGGAGAUAUUUAAUGUCCAAGUACUUUUCAGACAAGACUAUUUUUGGAGGAAACAUCUUUGAUGUAAAAAUGGGUAUAAAUGGAGAGCAAGUAAAAGUAAGUAGGUUUCCUGGGUACCAGUCGUAUGCAGAUCCCGCUAAUUUUAAUGACGAUAACAGUAGCGACUCAGUCUCUACAAUGGAAACUCCAUCCCCAGAGUACUGCUAAUGGGCAUCAACCUUCCCAAUCUUGAAAUUUCAUUCAUUCGAUAGCGUCCUCUUGAUCAGUAGAAAUCUCCUGGACUUGGGUUAAAUCUGAAAAUUUUCAAGUAAAUCAACUAGCGACUUGUAUAAUUUCUAGAACUAUAUGUGGAAAAAGGUAAGUAACUUACUUUGGAUUGAGCCAUGGUUGUAGUUAUUAUUGUUGUUGUAUGCAAGGACAACGAUAGCAUUCG